CCGGAGGUCGCAAAGAGUGAAGCCCUUUGUGCGUGCGUGCCUACGUCCGCGUGGACUGCCCAGAGUCCUAGCCGCCGCCACAGCAGCAGCAACUGGCACUGCAGCAACAGCCACAAGCCGUGCUCCGCGGCCGCUACCGCCGCCGCCGCGCCGCCGCCGCUGCCUCUGCCGCGCGCCACCUCGGCAGCAGCAGCAGGAGCCACUUCUCCUCACGCUCCUGCCUCCCGCCGUCCUCCGCUCCGGAGAAGCCACCGAAGCCGGGCCACAGCGACCCCCGCUGGCCCCGGACAGCACUGAUCAGCAGUAAGUUGAGACCCCCAACUGUCCACCAAGCUUGGGGACCUUGGACAGCGACUCUUCCCUGUCUCAAGCCGGGGCCCAAGUGCGGACCAAGUGGCCCUCCGCGGGGCCACCGCAGCUAUGGCCAAGCAGCCCUCCAAGGUGCACGGUUUGCGAACCGAGGACUCUCUUAUCGAAGGAGUCAGCGACCAGGUGCUCGUGGCUGUGCUGCUCGGUUUUGCUUUCUUGGCCGCGGUGGGCUAUGCCCUGCUAAGAAAUGCCCAGCAGCACAUCCACCCCAACAACCGGGAGCUGGUCCGGGUACUGAGAGAACAACUCCACAGGGAACAAGACCCCCCGGCUCCUAGACCGCAGUUCUAUACGGACCUGUCCUGCCCCAUCUGUUUACAUCAUGCCUCUCUUCCUAUCGAAACCAACUGUGGCCACCUCUUCUGCGGCAACUGCCUGAUUGCUUACUGGCGUUACGGCUCCUGGCUUGGGAUGGUCAGUUGUCCAAUCUGCCGCCAAACAGUGACUUUGCUGUUUCCUGUGUUUGGCGAAGAUGUUCUCUCUGUGGAUUCCAGGCGUUUGCACCAAGAUAUUCACGACUACAACCGAAGGUUCUCUGGUCAGCCCCGGUCUCUCACCGACAGACUUAUGGACCUCCCCACUCUACUAAGGCAUGCAUUCCGGGAACUGUUUUCUGUGGGCGGACUUUUCUGGAUGUUUCGCAUCAGAAUUGUCCUGUGCUUGGUGGGAGCCUUUUUCUACCUGAUAUCACCUCUGGAUCUGGUUCCCGAAGGCUUGUUUGGGAUUCUGGGGUUUCUGGACGAUUUCUUUGUCAUCUUUCUCUUGCUUAUUUACAUCUCUAUCAUGUAUAGGGAGGUAAUAACACAAAGGCUAAACAGAUGAAAAAAGGUUGGAGAAGCUUGUUUGUUGUUGUCAUAUGUGUCCUUAAAAACGAACCACUUGAAUAUCAUUAAAAGGUUCACAAAAAAAAAAUAUUGUUAGCUGGUAUUUGUUUAGAUGUUGAAUGUUUGCAAAGUGCUUUGUAAAAUGUUAUCUCAUUUGAGCCUCACAGUAACCUUGGGAAACAGGUGCUAUUGUUUUUGUCCCCAUUUGGCAGAUGAGAAAAUGGAGGUAGGCAAAGGUGAAGUGACUAGCUUCAAGUCACAGAGCUGGGAAGUAUCUGAGCUCAAAUUUGAACCGAGGACUUCCUGACCCCAGGUUUGGUGCUCAUCAUAUUAAUAAUAAUAAUAAUAGUUAAAUUGUUUUAAGGUUGGCAAAGUGCUUUAUAUAAAUAUAUCUUUUGACCUUCAUAACAAUCCUAGAAAGUCGGUGCUAUCCUAAUUUCCACUUUGUAGGGAGCAAAAACUGAGAAAAAGGUUAAAUGACUUAUCUAGGAUUACAGAACUAGAAAGUUCUGCAGAUGGUCUUGAAAUCAGAUUUUCCUGACUAUAAAUUCAGAACCCUAACCACUAUGUUACCAAACCUGAUAAACAUCUGGGAAAAAAUGAUGGGAACUAUAGUGAACGUGUUGAUGGUUCCAAUACUAAUGUGAGAUGAUAACUACAGCUGGCUGUAUUUGUUUACUGGUUACAGACAACCUCAUAGCUGACCUGGUGAGUUUAAAGGAAAAGGGAUGCUUUGGUGGUAUCUUGACUGUAACUAUUCCCCCAAAUUACUCCAAUUAGCUAGAUUGUAAGAUUAUAAGGGGUGGCAAGGGACCUGAGGGGUCAUCUGGUCUAAAUGACUCAUUUGGCAAAUGUGGAAACGGACCAUGAGGGGAGACUUGUGCAAGGUCACACAGAUAGAAGUGGCAGAGCCUGGGCUCAAAUCCAAAUCCAACAUGAUUUCACUGUAGAAUUGUGUCAUUUAUCCACAUAUAGAUGUAUUUAUGUGUCUUCACUGGAAACCUAUGUGAUGUGUAGAUAUUGUGUAAAAAAAUUGUUAUUAAAGUGAAACGUUGCAUGAAA